AAAAGUCCCAAAGGUAGUGAUUAUAUCACCGCCGAAGUCACACAGUUAAUCGGCCUUAGAACUGCAUAUACCCUAGAACGUCCCUUUUGCCUGAAUAGCAUGAAUAUUCGUGUAGGACUCCUGACAGAGCACCCCUAUUGGAUGCUAGUCUAUAAUGGAAGGUAUUGUCUGUAAUUUGACAUUAGUCUGACCUCAUUUUUGGUCGUUCCUUGGCCAUAGAAUGUCAAUGUUUCCUGUUUUCUAGCGCUACGCUGGCUAGGAUUCCACAGAACCGUGGCCGACCAAAUCACGUCGUGGUGAGGAUUGACCGACAAGUGACGAGCUGUAAAGAGAUAGCAUGACUAUUCUGUCUCGAAGAUAGUUCUGAUCGACAGCUGCAGGCCCUGGCAGCUGCAGGCCCUAUUGCACCGAUAACGCACCCCUUUCCGUUACUGAACGAAACGCCCGCUGAGGGAAUUCACCGUGGGGUCAUAUCGGAGGGGACAGGAGUGAACGCAGGCUCAACGGGCACGAAUGACCGCGAGAAACCACACCCCAGUAUACGCAGACUAGUGAGUCCCUAGGAGGACUAAAAAAACUCAAGGAUGGUCUAUGAAAGGACGACCUCGUGCUCUCAUCUACACCGUAGGUACCCAAUCUGCAGUGUGCGAGCAUCCCACCUGCGCAUACGGCUCAAUCAGAGCCAUCGACACCAAAAAUAUCAGAAACCCAGCCACUCAGAGGUGCGUUCGCACCGGUAGGUCCUGGGAUCGUCUCUUAACCGGGCGGUGCUGGCUGAGUCCCUCUGAGCUGAAAUAUGGGUCUUUUUCCGAAAGACAGGUUAUUCGGUACGAAAAGACUCAAGUCUCUUUCUUUUACCACGUUUGUUGAGCAGCGUUGAAUGGAGUCAAGAUGGAUAUUUUGGGGAUGCGUCUCGCGUAGCCAAAUGGUACGCCUGAACACCGUUCUGCUGAUCAGUGGAUGAUACCGUUGGAGUAGCCGGUUUUCCGCACGACCCCUUUCCCUCUCGUUGCAACCGUUUCUGCGACUAGCGUGUGUAUAUUGGGGAUAUGAUGUCUCUUCUGUUUGGUGUGAAUGGGUUCAUCUUAGGUCAUUUCCGAUGGUUGUUCCGGAGGUCUCCCGUGACGAGGGACGGGUUGACAUUCUCUCACCCACGGAACAACACCGAAGUAGUAGUAUCCAAUUGCUAAAUAUAUCAACAGAACAAUAUGGGGUCUUUAGCAUUCCAAACUUCUCUUCUCUUCUCUUGAAUGGUUAGUUGCAAAGUACGGAGUACCUUUGCGAGGGUUUUUUUUUUUUUUUUUUUUU